GUGAAGCGGAGAAAAGCGGAAGAGUAGGAGAUCACCGGCGAUGGAGGGCUUACCGGAGGAGGAGAUCUGGCGAUGCGGGAAACACCCGGCGAUGAUCGCAUCCGGCGUUUGCCCCUUUUGCCUCCGCGAUCGCCUUCGCCUCCUCUGCUCCGACUGCGCCAAAACCCGGCCCUGCGCUUGCGCCGCUCCAUCCAUCUCCUCCUCAUCGUCCUCCUCGUUUUCGUCCUUAUCGUCGGUGGAUCUCGUCCGAUCUUCCUCCGUCUCCGGGAUCGGCGCCAUCGGCCGAGUCUACAACCUUAUUGAGAGCGAGCCAGCCAUUCGGCGGUCCCGAUCGGUCGCCGUCCCGGUUGUGAGGCGGCGAGCGGUGGGUGGAGAUUUGGGCAGGCGAGGGUGGGUGGCGAUGUUUUGGCCAUUCAGGAUGAAAUCUAGAUCGAUGACGGCGGAGAAGUGGAAGGGUUGGGGAUGGCACUUUCCGAGCCCGAUCAAGGCUUUCCGGCACCGGAAAACGGCGCCGGUGCUUCAUCGCGGAUGAAUCGAAUAGUACCGGGAAAUUGAAAGGUAGAUAUAAACAUAAAAAAAAAAACAAAUUUUUAUAUAAUUUUGAGCCCUUUUUUUUA